AAGACGUAUAGAACUACUUCUUUGAUUCUUAUAGGGAUAUGGAAAUAUCAAAAACGUUUAAUUUAUUUUUGACGAUAUUGGGCGUCCUGCAUAUGAGUUAUGCGGGAAAGAGGUCGCUGAUCAAUAUUAACAACGACAACGGUUACCAAGACGUUCUCAUUGCAAUUCAUCCCGACGUGGCAGAAAAUAGCGAUAUUGUUGCCCAACUAAAGGCAAUCUACAUCAAUGCAUCAUCUUACCUCUACACCGCCACGAGGCAGCGUUCCUACUUCCGCAAUGUCUCCAUCCUGAUCCCGCCCACCUGGGUAGACAAGCCAGAGUAUGAAGACGCCAUCCUUGAGACACUGGAUCGAGCUGACUACCGCGUAGAUCUUCCAAACCCUCUAUGGGGCAACAACCCAUACUCCAAGCAGACUGGACAGUGUGGGGAGCCAGCUGAGUAUUCGCACUUGACGCCAGAUUAUGUACUGGACACUGAUGGAGACCGGGUUUGGCGUUGGGGAGAUCCAGGUCGUGUUGUUGUCCACGAGUUUGGUCACGUGAGAUACGGAGUGUUUGAUGAGUACGGCAAUGACAAUGCAGGAGAACACCCAUUCUGGUACCUGAACUCAAGAGGACGACCUGAACCCACUGGUUGCUCAGCAGAAAUUAAAGGCACCCCGAUGCACAGGGUAACAUUUGGAAGGUGUGGCCGAGACAGGGCUACUGGUUUACCAGAAGACGAUUGCCGUUUCUUCCCAGACCUCACCGAUGCCCAACCUGCAAUAUCAUCCGUCAUGAACAUGCAGUUCUUGAACCCCGUUCAUCAUUUCUGUGAGACCAACGCUUCCAGUAACGCAUCUCUACAGCACAAUAAAUUUGCUCCAAAUAAACAAAACAAGAUGUGCAACGAACAGGGAACAUGGGACGUCAUUUUACAGCAUGAAGAUUUUCAGCCCGGCAAUAAUGAACCACGUGACAUUUCGGAUGUAACUCCUAACAUCCGGGUGCUUUACCGCAGAUAUAAAGGAGUAGGGGGUGGAGAAAUUGGAAGCAGCAAGCCUGCGUGUAAACGCAUCGCUCUUGUGUUUGAUGUAUCGGGGAGUAUGGGUUUCAAAAACCCAUCAGGAACAAGUACCAGAAUGAGUAUAUUUCGCCAAGCUGCAUACAAGUUUAUUCAGACUGGAUUACCUAGUGGUACGGAAAUGGGUUUGGCAACUUUCUCGACGACUGGUUCCAUUGCACAGGAUAUGAUGUUCAUCAACAACCAAACUGACAGAGAUUACUUUACAUCGAAGAUUCCCUCUACCCCAAAUGGUUGGACUGCAAUAGGACAAGGUCUUGAGCGAGGAAUGGAGCUCUUGGAAUCUGGGGAUACAUCUGAUGCAAUGAUUAUCCUCAUGACUGAUGGAGAAGAAAACCGCGAACCAUUUGUUAAAGAUUUGUUAGAUAAAGGGCGCUUCAACAAAGAUAUACCGAUAUUUGCAAUUGCCUACAGCGAUGCUGCUGAUGUUGUAUUGGACAGACUAACACAGGAAACUGGUGGUAUGUUGUUCUAUUACUCUCAAAGUGAUAACUCGACAGCUUUGGACGACGCCUUCACCAGAGCGGCGGUUGCCGCUACAUCUUGUGCCGCCUCUGAUAAACCAAUUGAGAUCCAAAGUUGCAAGAUUCUGGUGACCGAUGGAAUGGACCCCAUUGUAAAGGAAAUACCAAUUGAUGGUUCAGUUGGUGACAGAACAAGCUUUCAUUUUUCCUACUUUGUGAAAUCGUCAGUAGAGGUUACUCUAACGAGUCCAAGUGGUGUUGUAUACGACAAGAACAGCGCGGAGUACAACGACGACAGCAACUUCAAAAUCAUAACAUACACUAUCCCAAAAUCUGAGGCUGGAAUUUGGCUGUACAACGUUACCCGUUUACUACCCGAGGCAUAUAUCAUUGGUGUGAAUGCAAAGUCCCACUCUGCUCCUGGUACAGUUCCAGUUACAGCGACUGCUUGGAUGAACAACGUCAAGUUAACAUUCCCCCAGACUGCUAUCAUAUAUGCCGAAGUUAACCAAGGUUAUAACCCUGUAGUUCAUGCAAAAGUUGUUGCAACGGUUGAGAGGCCAGAGGGAGAUUCCGUGGAUGUUGAGCUAUUCGAUGCUGGCAUUGGUGCUGAUACGUCCGCCAACGAUGGUGUAUACUCAGCAUACUUUACCCAGUUUACAAAAGAUGGAAGAUACUCUCUGUCCAUCCUGGUAACAGACCCUCUUGGAACUGCAGCAAUCAAGACUGCGGGUAGCUCAGGAAGUGGAGCAUAUAACUUGAGACAGGAUAAUAUUGAAACUGUCGAAGAGCCCAUACCAUAUUUACAAAGGCAGAGCUCUGCUGGAGCCGUUGGUGUCGAUAAACUUCCAUCUGCUGCUGGUACGGAAGACAUUGACCUUUUCCCGCCAAACAAGGUCACUGAUUUGAAAAUGACCGACUUCUCAGAACAGAACGAGACCGUCACAUUGGAAUGGACGGCACCGGGAGAUGACCUUAAUUUCGGAACAGUUGCGAGAUUUGAAGUGUAUAUGCACGAUGAUUUCGAAUUAUUAUUGGAUGAUCAAUCAGAGGCUUUUAUUGUGAACGAAUUCUAUCUCCUCGAAGGAGAUCUUGUUCCUCAGCCCGCAAACUCCAGACACAGGAUCGUUAUUAAACUCCCUAGAUCUGGCAAAGACAUCGUGUUUGCAUUUGUGAUGAGAAGUUGGGACGACGCUGGCAAAGCGAGUCCUUACUCCAAUGUUG